AUGAGGCAGAAUCUGGCGAAAGUAGACCAGGAGAAGGUACUUGAGGUUUGUACCGAUCCUGUUGCUUCCAGUGGACUAGUGAGUCCCAACACUGCUGUAGAGAAUCUAGCCAAAGAACUGCAGCAUUCAUUAGAUCUUGCGAGUGCAACCAGUGGAGACAAAGUUGUUACUGCACAGGAAAAUGGGAAAGGGGCUGGAGAAUCAACAUCUGGUAUUCCUGAAACUGAAAUGCUAGGACCGCAAAGACCAAGAUCAAACUCUGGAAGAGAACUCACUGAUGAGGAAAUUCUUGCAAGUGUGAUGGUCAAGAAUCUAGACACUGGAGAAGAGAUCCCUUUGAAUAUGGCUGAGGAAAAGCUUCCUAAAGGCCUGAACCCAUUGACAUUGCACAUCAUGCGCCGAACAAAGGAAUAUGUGAGUAAUGAUGCUGCGCAGUCAGAUGAUGAAGAAAAGAUUCAUACAGCUCAAUCUGAGCAAGAUAGCCAUAAAAUCAAACAGAAAACCAAUCAAUUUAAGAAAUUUUUGGGUAAAUCUGUGAAGAGAGCCAAGCAUCUUGCUGAGGAGUAUGGUGAAAAGGCUGUAAAUAAAGUUAAGAGUGUCCGAGAUGAAGUUUUCCAUAUGGAUCAAGAUGAUGCUUCUUCCAGUGAUGAUGAGGGGAUGCCUUACACAAGACCUGUCAAGUUUAAAGCAGCCCAUGGCUUCAAAGGACCUUAUGACUUCGAUCAGAUUAAAGUAGUUCAAGACCUAAGUGGAGAGCACAUGGGUGCUGUAUGGACAAUGAAAUUUUCACAUUGUGGCCGUUUACUUGCAACAGCUGGUCAAGACAAUGUUGUACGAAUAUGGGUUUUAAAAAAUGCUUGGGACUACUUCAACAACAUGAGAAUGAAAUACAACACUGAAGGUCGUGUGUCACCAUCCCCUUCACAAGAAAGCUUGAAUUCUUCAAAGUCUGACACCGACACGGCAUGCAGCGGAACUGAAGAGUCUGAUCCUGAAGACAAAAAUGCACCAUUUCGGCAGCACCCAUUCUGUAAAUACAAGGGGCACACUGCAGAUCUUCUAGACCUCUCGUGGUCAAAGAACUACUUUUUGCUGUCAUCUUCUAUGGACAAAACUGUGCGAUUGUGGCAUAUAUCAAGGAGGGAAUGCCUGUGCUGCUUUCAACAUAUAGACUUUGUCACUGCAAUAGCUUUUCACCCAAGAGUAAGUAACAAAUGUAACCGUUUGUUUCUAUUAAUAAUGGAUUUUCUAAAACACUCCAAACAAGAAGCAGAGCCCAAUCCCACGCCUCUUCAUUAA